CGUGAUGCGCUGACCGGUUCUCGGGGUCCCGCCGGCGGGAGGGAAAAUCAGCGGCCGGGCUGUGCUGGCGCGGAUGUAGAGGAAGAUGCAAAGCCCGCUGCCUGAAAGUGCUCAGCGCGUAGGUGCCGGCUGAGCUGCGGCAUGCCCUGAGGAGGGAGAUGCCUGUGCCAAAUCCUGCUGUGCCUUGCUGCAGUCGCUGGUGCUCUCUGAAAUGUCCUUGAGCCGGAAAGCCGGGUCAAAAGGGACGUGGGACAGCACUGCUCCAUUGAAGGUCUCUCGAUGGGGAAGGCAGCUCGGAGUGCGCGGUGCUCCUGCGCUUCUCCUGGGCUUGGGAUGCUCGGGCAGCUCCGAGGUGCCGUGGAGCAUGUGGAAACACGUGCUGGAUCUGCCUGCCUCGUACCUGAGCCUGAAGGAGGGAAGAUUUUAGGUCUGGGUGACUAGAAAUACGGCUGAAGUGCAAGAAAGUACUGAGCUAUUUCAGUCUUUUGGCAUCUUCUCUGUAUGGGAGAUGUUAAUAGUUUUGUGAUUGUAUUUAUGGCCUGUGCUUUUAAACAUCUCAGAUGCUCUCUUUAUCAUUUAGUGAAACUGUUAAUAUUUACAGUUUACUUGGGGUGCUGAAUUCUGUGUGUUUGUUGUGUUGGAAGUGAUGUUCAGGUGACCUGUGUUGCGUAAUAGUAGAUUAAGAGAUACGCACACCAAGCCUCUGUUUUUUCACUGUCAGAUUAGCCUUAGUUUCUCUAGCACUUGCAAUACUUUUGUGCUUUUAUAUUUUUUUUGUGUGCGAGGCAUAAAGCUGACUUUAUAUAUAGAGUUCUUUGUGGAUAUUGUCAAAAGAAAGUAUCUGUCUUUAUAUAUAGGUACUAACGAGAGGUCAGAAAAACUGUAGCAGUGGUGUUUUGUCUUUGCUGUUAGAUGGUGGUCGUUCCAAAGCACAUCCAACCUUAGACGAAUGCAAAACAAAACUGUUAGUGUCAUACAUGUAGUGGUGAUUGUCAGAAUCUGCAUGGCCAUUUAAGAAAUAACUAGAGCUUCUGACCAAAAGGUAUCAGUUUUGAGGUGAGCUGCAUCACAGAAGAAUUUUGUAUUAAGUUUGUUGGAGUACCUGACAGAUGCUUGCCAAUGAAUGUAUUUCAAUCAUAAAAAAAUACCUAGUAUGCUCUGUGGAAGAAUCAUGAAGGACUCUGUACGUAACCAGGGUUGCAACAGAUAAUUAAAAAUCACAGAAUCUGUGGUGCUGGAAAUGCUAUGCUUUAUUUUCAAGAUAAAACUUGGUAUAGUAUAUGUAAUUUUUAAAGGACACUAUACUUCCUCUUUCAUGUGACUGCUUUGUCUUUUGUUGGUGUAGUGUUAUCUUUAAACAAUUUCAUCCUUUCAGUUCUAAGGAAAGACUCCGGCUGUAUUGUUGGCUCUUUUAUUUUUGACAAUUUCUUAAAAAUUAGGGUUAAAACUGCAGUUUCUUAGGAAAAGAAAGUUUAAGUAAAUGCUAUUAUGAGGAUUUUUGACAUCUGUCAGUGAUAAUCUCAUUGAAACAAUUUAAUAUCAGAGUUGGUUUUAUCUCUUGCCUUUUUUUUUUUUUUUUUUAAAGUCAGAUAUGACUCUGAAAACUCUUAAUUUUCUCACUUCAUGCUUACUUUUAAAGAUGACUAGGUGGUGGUAGUGUUGGGUGAAGACAGCUCAGCUGGCCACCCUUACCUAAAUCUGUAGCUCUGUUGCAGAAAACCUCAGUGAAGGCCAGGUGUGGGGAAUGUGUCAGGGCCCUGGUAGAAGGAUGCUGAGGGCUUGCAACUGGAUUUUCAACAGCUGCUUCGCAUCUCUGCAGUUCUGGAGGAAGGGGGAUGUGACACAGACCUCUGGUUCAUCAAAGAAGGAAAAAGGAUUUUGCUCCCUUUUAAAUUUUGUUAGAAAAUGGUACUGCUGUAAAACUUUACAUGAGGUCGAUUUCUUGGUUUCUUCUCUCUUUUAUUCAUUUGCCUUCAGUGUGGAAUGUUACAGUUUCUUUGGAAAACAUUUCUUAUGAAACAAGGCAAAAAUGUGGGGUGUGCGUUCUAGUUAACUUGUAUUGCUCCUGCAUUUUAUUUUUGCAGCCUUAAAAUUUCAAGGGAGGAGCAGUUUCCCUAGUUUGAUCUACUGCACGUCCAGAAAAAACAUCUGUGGUAGCUGGAAUGAGCAAGGGGGGUGCAAUUUAUUUCAGAAGCUGUGAGCUGGUGCUAAUUCAAACUGUUCGUUAAGCUUGUGACACCAUUUCCACAAAAGCACUGUACAGACAAGCUGUCAUUUCUAUAUCUAUAUUCAUGCAGGCUGCCUGGCAGCAAACCAAUGUUUAUUCCCAUGGAGGCUGCUUGCACACAAUAGAAAAUAGCAUAAGCAAUUCAGUAAUGGAAACAAGUAUGACUACUCUGUUAAAAACUGAGGGGAGAGUAAUAUUUUUUUAUUAAAACUAGAUGCACAAGCAGAUAAAGUCUUCAUUUAUUUUCUUCACUCUUAAAAGUCCUCUGAGAAAAGUUUUUUUCUCUGCUCCUGUUUUAACUUUACAACAAAUGUAUUUCUGAUUAAAUUUAGAACUGUUCUGAGUAGAAAGGGAAAAGGAGUUUGAAUGCAGGUAGUCUUACGAAUGUGACGUCUUCAAGCUUAAGAAAUUGUGGAGUCAUUGAAUUGUUAAAAGUUGGAGAAGAUACAAGGAAGAGUGUAAAAUGCGCUGCACGCUGUUUGUUCUUUUGAGCUGGAAGAUUGAAUGUUUGUGUGUAAUCCAAGAGAAACAGUCUACCAACCACUGCCACGUUUUCAUCUAUUGGUAAACAUCAGCUGCUGGUUGGUCCUAAGGGAGGAAGACUGAAUUAGUUCCAGAUGGAGAACUCUUUCAGCCCAUUUAAGACUUUCCUGUUGAUUUAAGACAGCAGGUAGAAAAAACGGAAUAGACCACACGAAGAAGAAUGUGAAGUUUAUUUUUAUGCAAGAUGUUAUUUGGAGGACCAAGUACACUUUUUCAGGCCAUGGGAGAUGAAAGACUAAUCACAUGAUAUUUUUGUUCCAUCAAAGUGCUGUUCUGUGCUAAGUCAAUGUUGGUUUGUAUUAAAGACAAAUAGUAGUUUUUAAUGUCAGCAUGUCAACUGUGACAAGCGCUCAGACACCGGAGGAACCUAAUCCUCCCCCCCUUGAAGAAAAGCCAAAGGGAAAAUCACUAUUUCAUUUGGGUUCACUCUUUGCUAAUAGGAGUGAAAAAUUUGUAAUUGCUAGGAGUGAUAGUGUACCAGAGGAGAAUGUUCUGAAAAUAACUAUCACGGAGACUACGGUCAUUGAGUCGGACUUGGGCAUCUGGAAUUCUCAUGCUCUCAUCUACCUCACUUUGUGGUUUUUCUUCAGCUUUUGCACUCUUUUUCUUAACAAAUACAUUCUUUCAUUACUGGAAGGAGAGCCCAGCAUGCUAGGUGCUGUUCAAAUGCUUUCAACCACCUUCAUUGGCUGUAUAAAAAUGUUUGUUCCAUGCUGCUUGUAUCAACACAAAACACGCAUCUCUUAUCCACCUAAUUUCAUCAUGAUAAUGCUGUUUGUUGGAUUAAUGAGAUUUGCAACAGUAGUCUUGGGUCUUGUCAGCUUGAAAAAUGUGGCAGUUUCAUUUGCAGAAACUGUUAAAAGUUCUGCACCUAUUUUUACUGUUAUCAUGUCUCGGAUGAUAUUAGGAGAAUACACUGGAUUGCUGGUUAAUCUGUCUCUCAUUCCUGUUAUGGGCGGGCUAGCUCUAUGUACAGCUACUGAAAUCAGUUUCAACAUUCUAGGUUUCUCGGCAGCUUUAUCUACUAAUAUCAUGGACUGUUUGCAAAAUGUCUUUUCCAAAAAACUACUCAGUGGAGAUAAAUACAGAUUUUCAGCCCCAGAGCUUCAGUUCUACACAAGUGCUGCUGCAGUGGUUAUGCUUAUUCCAGCUUGGAUAUUUUUCAUGGAUGUGCCUGUGAUUGGGAAAAGUGGGAGGAGCUUCAGCUACAACCAAGAUGUUGUUGUACUUCUCUUAAUAGAUGGAGUCUUGUUCCACCUACAAAGUGUUACAGCCUAUGCCUUGAUGGGAAAAAUUUCUCCUGUGACUUUCAGUGUUGCUAGUACUGUGAAGCAUGCGCUGUCAAUCUGGCUAAGUAUUAUUGUGUUUGGUAACAAAAUCACAAGCCUCUCGGCCAUUGGGACUGUUCUAGUGACAAUUGGAGUUCUUCUAUAUAAUAAGGCAAAGCAGCAUCAGCAAGAGACUAUACACAGCCUGGCAGCUGCAGCCCCGCAAUCCGCACAAAGUACAACUGAAGAUACUGAGCCACUAAUUUCCAAGGAUUUGGAACCGUAUGAUUAAUAUGGCAAUUUAUUCUUCCAACUUAGUGUAACUCAAAGGAGCUCUUCCUGAAAGUGAUUGUUUCUUCAACUGUUGAUGCUGAUUGGGUUCCUUUGAGUUCAUGGCAGGUCAAGCCUGGGACUUGAAGCAGAGAAGACAAUGGGAAGAAUCCAGAAAGUCUUGACUUACUGAGAAACUGAUAUACCAGAGGACCUAGUAUCAUAUAAUGUGGUAAAUGUGGGCUUUAUUGUCUUUCCUUGACUGCAAAUAACAUACAAGCCGAUAUUAAAGAAGGAACUUCAGUGUCUUGUGGGGAAACAAUUCUUUUCUCCCUACUCAUCAAAAUAAUGUGAAACCACGGACUCAUCACUGUAUUCUGCUUGCUUGCAGUGGGAAGAAAUCGGUGCAUAACUGAAAUUCUUAGUUGUUUGUUACUCUACGCCACCUGCAUCCUCCAUUUGUGUGCAUUGUAGGGCUGGAAGAAGGAACCCCCUCCUCUCCCAACAAAUGGCUUAUUUUGGUAUACGUUUAGUUGAAGUAAACUACGGAAAUGAGUCCGUGUCCCAAAGGAAUGAUGAACAGCUAUUUCUGACUACAAAGCUAGGAAUGAUAAGUGAUUUUUCUACUAAAAUUUAACAGGGAAAUGUUGCAUCCUGGUUGUGUAUUGACAAUAUUGAAAUGCAGGUAUACACACACAUACAUACACUGUAUAAAUGGAGUGUUGAAUUAACUAUUUGCAGUUGCUUAGAGGUAAAAAACACUGAAAAACUUUGGUGAUGAAGCAGGAUCUCUAUAUUUCUAUAAGAAACCAUUUUAAUAUUUUAAUUUCUUGCAUUUCAUUGUAUUUCUGUUAUGAGGAAAUAGAUUUUUUUUUUUGGUAUUAUUUCUAACAGUACAACAAAAUGCUGCCUUUUAGAAACUCAGGGUUAUAAUUCUGACCUAUGUGCAAAGUAUUUAUAUCAUUUCUGAUUAUGUAAAGAAUUUUGGAGGUACUGUGACAGAGAUGGAAGAGAGGUCACAAAAGGGAGGAAUAUUAACCAUAAACUGAGGCUAAUCUUUAUUUCUACUGCUUUUAAGAAGUUUUCUUUUUUAAGGAAAUUCUGUUUUGUGGUAGAUCAAAGAUUAAAAGUUAACUUUCAAAAAUAAAAAAAAAUCUUAAGUACUUAGUUUUGGCAAAAAAGUACAUGUAGCUACAAAAACAUUCAGAUAGACUUUUUGGUAACAAAAGUAAAUUAACAAUUAAAAUUAGCUGAUUUUUAAUAAUUGCCACUGUUCUGAAAGAUUGUAGCAUGGCAUUAGAAGAAUGGAUAAAGUGGUCUUUAUGGUAGAAAAUAAUUUCUAAUAGGAAAUUACCAGUGGAGUUCCUGCAAAAUUUAAGCUCGUGCUUACAUUUCCACUUGUGAGAUGCUCCGUUAGCUUUAGUGAACUAUGCCUGCAGAGAGCAAAAAUGCGCUCCCAAGACAGUCUCUCUGAAGAAGCCUGUCUUCUGGUUAAAUAGCGUGUGCUCAUUUUGACUUAGGCUUACUUCAGGUUACAUUCCUGUACAUGACAGGUUGCUGGGGCAUGUUCCCUGAAGACUUGAGCAGGAGGGAAAUGUCAAUAUUUUUUUUUCAUUGUUGUAUACAUGAUGCCUGUGGGGUUUUGUUUCUUUGUACUUCUAUCACUUUUACAAAAAGCUGUGGACUAUGGGGUGGAGCUAUGUCACUUUUUUUUUUUGUGGUUAUGCUUUUUAAUAAGCUCAGUGUAUUUGGCAGAAAACAAAGUCUGGUUUGCAUCGUAUUUCUACUCUUGUUGGAAGACAGAAAUAUAAGUGGCUUUCUGGCUGCCUAGUUCCGUUCUCAUGUAAACCCCUUCAUCACCUGUUUGAGCUUCAUUUUAAAAGCUAGCUGGCUUUUGCCUUUCCUAUUGCUGGAAAACUUUUAGUGAACCAAACAGCUGGGAGGGUUUUGGAACUUGUAAUUUCUAAGACAUGUCUAAGCUUAUUAGUGGCUGGUUUAGCCCCACCUGUUCAGUGGCAGCAUGAUAAUCCUGUUUUACUAGGGGUUUAUUUUCACAGUGGUGACUUUAUAUACUGUUCUUAGGCAGUCGUCUUGGCCUUUAUUAGAUUAAACAAACCAACCUCUUUACUGUCUGCUUUUAAGACCUUUUCGUCCUCCAGCCAUACUAGUGCUUCUCCUUUGCGGUUGUUCCUGUUGGGUAAACAAGGACCGUUUUGUUCUGUGUUAAGAAUUCGUGCAAGUAUUAUACCCCAGCUUUGUACGAUGGUAUUUCUUUCGGACCGCUCUGAAACACCCCAGGGUUUCACCGGCGUUUCUCACAGCCGCGCCCCUGACACUUGUACGCUGAUCGGGACGAGCUCUGUGAGACAGAACUAUGCGGAUUAUUUGUUUUGUGUUUGUCAAGUACGUUCUCAUAGAAACAGCACGUCUUCCUUAAAAUGUGAAUUCCUGAAGUAACACCAGUCCUUGCUGAAGAACAGACUUGCAAAUGUAAGGUGUCACUUGCAGCAGUUAACGUUCCUAAAGGACGUUAUUUCCCAGCUAAAGAGCGGAUGGAUAAUAAAGUAGCUGCGUGUAAUAUAGUAUUUCCUGUCAUGUAUUGCACUGUGACCUCGAGCCAUGGUUCGGUAACCUCACCGCUUCGUGUUAAGUUCUGUGUAGUCUCGGCUAAUUUGCCUUUUUAGGAAUUGCCCUUUUCACACUGAAAUACUGUAAAUUCUCCUUUGUAGUCUGUCUGUUCUGUUACCAUUAUGUGACUUGUUUAAAUGAUCAUUUUAUUGUGCAUUAUUCAACUGAAUAAUAAAAAAAUUGGGGUUUUGUAU